GGAAAAUUUCUCUCGGACAGUCUAAAGAGGGCUUCGUCUGCCGGAAGCUGCUGGAGGUCACAGAGUGGGUCUGUUUUUCGUUUACUGCAAGAAGCCAAAAACCACCACCGGUGGUCCCGAGGAGCAUAAGAGGCUACAUCUGGAACGUUGAGCCGAGAUGGGUGGGGAUCACGGGCACAGCAAGUUGUCCAUGCCGGACUACAAAGUCUGGAAAUGGGAGGGGACGCCACUGGAGGCAACCCAACAGCGGCUGGCGCGAAGGGGACUGAGGGACCCCUGGGCACGAAACGAAGCAUGGAGGUAUGCAGGCAGCUUCGGCCACGCUGUCACCUUCAAGGAUGUGCUGAUGCGUGGAUUUAAAGGAGGAUUCGUUGCGUUUGCGGUGGCUCUCGCUGUGGAGUACGCUUUCUUCCCUCCAAAGAAAUCUGAUCACUGAGGGCAGCUUCAACUUCAGAGGCCCAAAGAGCCCAAACCCAGUAGAGCCACAUGCCAUCGGACUCUUAUUCUCCUCCCGGGCUACUAAGCCGGUUCUUGUCCUUCUAUAAAAUCCUCACCUGUUAUUCUGUGACAGAUUUUGACUGAUUGAAUAAUAAACGUAACAUAUUGAGUGAA